AUGGGAGAAACAACGUCAUACAGAGACACUGAGAGCAUAUACAAGCUCCUGGAGAACAUUGUACGAGCCCUACCAGGUGGCACAGGAAGGCUAGGACAGUUGGAGUUGGGAAUUACCUUUCCCCUAGAUCAGUUAAUUGCUGGUGAAACCCAGUCAGUUAGUCUCUGGAGGCAGAAACCGACCCCGAAGCAGAAAGAGCAGGCCGUCGGGGCAGUCCGAGCCCUGCGCAGCGACAGGACUCCUUUGCCCCGGAAGAGGCAGCUGAUGCGCUCCUUGUUUGGGGACUACAGGGCUCGGAUGGAAGCCGAGUGGCGCGAGGCUCUGCGGGACCUCAGGGCUGCUGCCCAUUCCGCCCAGGUGCAGCCUGUACGUGAGGCCGCCAGAAGGAAGAGCCGGAGGGUCUGCAGGCCUCGGCCAGUAGGGACAGCCAAGCCCACCCUGGACACUCCUGAUGGAGAGUUUAGGUUCAAUUUCUUUUAG